AUGAACUGUGUUCUGGAAGGAAAUGCUGUAAAAGCAUUUGGAAAGGCCAUUCACUCCCUGUCAAGGAUUGGAGAUGAGCUUUGUUUGGAUCCCAUGAGUAAAGGGCUGGCGCUGAGAUCUGUGAAUUCGGCUCAUUCUGCGUACGCCUGCUUCCUCUUCUCGCCGAUGUUCUUCCAGAAAUACAACCUGGGUUCAGAGCAGGGCAGUGAAACAGUCCAAUGCAAACUGCUCAUGAAGUCUAUUCUACCUCUCUUCCGGUGUUUGGCUUCCAUUGAGCGUAGCGUGGAGCGAUGUCAGAUACAAAUCAACACUCCCAAUGACCGAGUGAAGAUCCAGUUUUUCUGCAGACACGGCAUCACUAAGACACACGACCUGUGUUUCGAGGAGUGUGAAGCUCUGCAGGCGGUGUUUGUUUCACAUCUCUGUCCCAACGUGCUGAAAGCCCCCGCCAGGGUUCUUGGUGAAAUGGUGAUGCACUUCCCCGUCUCCCAGGAGGAAAUCACUCUGUCCAUCACUCCUCUCAGAGUCAGUCUGAGAAAUUACUUUGAGGGUGGAAAUG